AUGGCCAAAACAUCUAAUAACGUUCCACAAAAAGAGGCUCCUUCUUCAUCACGACUCGUCGGCGGUGAGGAUGCGGCGGAGCCUCGCCCUGAGGAAUUCGUUCCGCUGUGGCUCGGAUGCCUGAGCCAAUUCCGGAUCUUAAAUAAUGGGCUGAAGGACUUGGGAAGGACGUUGCCCCCAUCUGGUGAUGAGGAGGUUCCUGUCCCGAAGCAGUUUAAAGAAAAGAAUAUAAAAUAUGUACCGAGUUCCUUGGUCUCGGAAAAGAAAAAACUGACGAAGAAAUCUCGCAAGCUAAAGGGCCCCCCUGAUGUUAUGCUUUCGGAAUCGAUCCGCCGAUUAAGGGACGAUCCCGAAGAAGGAGAAGAUGAAUUAGUCGGUGUACGGGCUAAUGUUGUGAUACAACAAUCUUCCGAAUCGGCGGAAGUGAAUACGGGAACCCUGGUCAUAAUCCCGGAACAAGAAAAAGCCGAGACUAUUCGGUCUCGAGCUGAGAUGGUUGAAGGGGAGACCGAGGGUAGGACUUCUCUGGCAGCAGAAGAUAUCUCGAGGGAUGAGCUCGGGAUAGUUAAUAUUAGCGGGUACCCUCAGAUUUUGGAUGCUAUGAUCCGUGAGGCCAGCAUGAUGGAAGGUCGAUCCAACGAGGGCAUUCAGGAGCCGACCGAUAUCCAUGGUUUUUUGGAUGGGCUUGAGUCAGCUGCCUCGGAGGAAGUUAUCGGGUUCGGUGGAUUACCGAUACCAAAGAAAACAUCAUGAUCGGGCUCUACCAUGUCUUCAUUAGUUCCAAAACUAGUGGACCAAUUCCCGGCCCCGAGUAUUGAUCCUGAUCGUAGGUGGAAGGUGGUGCUCUCCAUCCCGGAAGAUACCCGAAUUUUCUCUCCCCCUGUGGGGAUUGCUAGUUACCUUCGGUCCCUAGUGACCGAAGAAGAUCAAGCAGUGAUGAAUGCGGUAGGACCCGCCUGCCUUUUCAACGAGGCCUAGCAUGCUCUGAAUCGGGUUUCGGUGUUGCAUCACGAGGCUUUCCUCCGAAUCCGAGAGGAGCAUGAGGCCGAGGUUCGGAAUCUCACUGAGAAGAGUGACUCCUAUAAACUUCGUAGCGAGAAAUUUCGAGCAGAUUUGGCCGCGGCUCGGGAUGAGCAUGAGGAGAUGGCCGAGAAGGUAUUCCGAAUUCUUCACGACAGUGAAGAUGAAUUGGAGAUAACCACUAACAACCCGAUUUUGCAGGUUCGGCAGGGGCUUGAACAGAUCGGACGACUCAAUUCGCAGGUAGAUGAGCUAAUGGCCGAAGGGGAAAAAUUCAAAGAAAAUAUGGAUAUCCUCGCCUCCAGAAAGGAGGUCGUUCAAUCGCAAUUGGAGUCGGCUGAGGCCCAGCUUCGGGCUACAAAAGAAAACACCUUGGUGCUGAUCGAGAAGGUUAAAGAGCUUCAGAGUCGGUUAGAAUUGGCCAUUUACGAUAAGGUAAGCUUGGCUAAUGAACUCAAAGUGGUUAGAUCUGGGAUAACCAAAGCUAAUAAAAGAGCUUAUGCGAAAGUGGCCCAGUUCAGGAUCGAUGUUGAGGUUAACCAGGACAAGGCCAAGAGCAUGGUCGAACAUGCUAAAUGGUAGGCUCGGAGAGAAGCUCUCGAGGAAGUCAGUGCUCAGGGCUUCGAUGUUGAGGCCGAAAUUGAAAAUGCCAAGGAGGAGGAAAACAGGGCUCGAAGGCUGACCUUUCCUGAGGAAGACUCCGAUAGCUCAAGCGAAUCUGAAGGUGGGGAAGAUCCCGAGGACGUGGCCUCCGAUGAAGACCAAAACAUUUAGGACCUUAAGUAGUUUUUUUUUCUAUCGAGGCUGCUUCAGCCUUGGUAAAGAACUUCCUUCGGGCCGUGUUGCCUUUGUAAAAGAUUUCGAUGUAUAUAUAAAACUUUCCCCUUCUAUGGCUUCUGAAUCUUUUGCCUUUUUGUUAACUUAUACAAAGGUCAAAAAGUGCCUUAGCAUGGAAUAAUUAUGCGAA